GAGAGAGAGAGAGAGAGAGAGAGAUGGGCAGUGCUGUAGGAGGAACAAAACCAAAAGGUUACUGAAGCGUAAUAAAAAAUCGCUCGCGCGCGCGCAGCACCGUCUUUAUAUUAGUUUUGAUCUCCAUUAAGUCUUCAACUCCAUUUUUUUUCUACAGAAAUAAUGACACCCUAAAGUGCAUUUGAACAACCCGUUAGGUUAAGUAACUCACGCGAACUGACCGUUCCCACUUUUCCCGGUUUCACUGUUCUCUCGGGGCACCUGUCGGGGAUGGCGGAGGGCGCGCGCACCCUGACCCCGUUCCGGCGCUUCACCUACUCGGUGGGGCACGUGCUGAACGACCUGUGCGCCUCCAUGUGGUUCACCUACCUGCUGCUCUACUACCAGUCGGUACUCAGUUUCCGGGACUCCGACGCCGGGCUGCUGCUGCUGUUCGGUCAGAUCGCAGACGGAAUCGCCACGCCGCUGGUCGGCUACGAGUCGGACCGGACACGAGGAAUCGGUUCGUACGGGAAACGCAAGUCGUGGCAUUUAAUCGGAACCAUCUGUGUGCUGCUGUCUUUCCCCUUCAUCUUUAACCCCUGCAUGGGCUGCAGUGGGGUUUUUCCCCAGUGGGUGGGCCUCACCUACUUCACCCCUUUUAUCAUCAUCUUCCAGUUCGGCUGGGCGUCCAGUCAGAUCUCCCACCUGUCACUCAUCCCAGAGCUGGUGACCUGCGAACAUGCCAAGGUGGAGCUCACGGCAUACAGGUAUGCGUUCACUGUGCUGUCCAAUAUCACCGUAUACGCAGUGGCCUGGCUGCUGUUCCAGUUCCAGCACUCGGCCGAUCCGUCCAUCGCUGACCAGCUGAGUCACAGCGACGUCCCCGUGUUCAGGGACCUGGCGCUGAUCGUCCUCGGCAUCGGAGCCGUGUUCUCGCUCAUCUUCCACCUGGGUACACGAGAGCAUACACAGCGUCAGGAGGACGAGGAGGACCAACCUCUGCUGUCUCACUCCAGCCUGAACGCAGCACCGCUGCUGCAGUGGAAACACUGGCUCCUCGAACCGUCCUUCUACCAGGUAGCUGCUCUCUACAUGUGCACUCGCCUGAUCGUCAACCUCUCUCAGACCUACAUCUCCAUGUACCUCAUAAACUCUUUAUUACUGCCAAAGAACUACAUUGCCACCAUUCCUCUGGUGCUGUACGUUAGCGGCUUCGUGUCCUCUCUGGCCAUGAAGCCAAUCAGUAAACGCCUUGGUGUUAGUAUGACGUAUUUUGUGGGACUGGUGCCCAUCGUGGCUUUUGGCAUUUGGGUGCUGCUGGAUUUGAAGAUGGGUGUCAGUGUGUAUGGAGCGGCUGUGCUGCUGGGAGCCGGCUCGGCCGUCAUUCUGGUGAUGUCCCUGUCCAUGACCGCCAAUCUCAUCGGAGAUCAGACGCAAAGUGGUGCGUUCGUGUACGGAGCCAUGAGCUUCACAGACAAGGUGGCCAACGGCCUCGCUGUGAUGAUCAUCCAGAGCCUGUACCCCUGUCUAUCACUGGCUUGCUGCUCUGACUGCGUCUGGUUCUAUCGCCGUAUUAUGGUCGCUGUAACCGGGGGCGUCGGCCUCGUCGCUGCGCUCUGCCUUCUUAGUCUGAUCAUUUCGCCAAUCAAGAUUCGCCGAAGUUGAGAAUGCUUUACUCGGCGGCCGGACAUCUUGGUGGACAGGUUUGUGACUGAACCCAUGAGAACAUCGAGAACAAAACCACCAGUGUGGCCGGGGAAAGUGAUCGCAGACAAAUCACUGAUCAGAUCACAUACCAUGAAUCUGAGAGCUACAGUAUGAGGAAGCAGAGACGUCUAUGUUUCACAUGGAAACUUCACCGCACAGUGUCACAUGAUCACUACAAUGCAGAUCUUCUUCUUUAGUUGUUCCCUUUUUCUCUGUGGCCUUUAGGUUUUUAAUAGCAGCACUGACUUCUCUGACCAUGGACAUACAACUCCUGGAAGGCCUGGAGAUACGAAGAAUAAGAUGUGUUCUGUUUGAUGUCUAUAUUUACAAUGUAAAUUUUAAUAUUGGCUUAAUGUGGGUUUAUAAAUGGUUCAGGUUUCCUUUCAGAGCUUUUCUUUUCAGAGCCAUUUUCUUAAAAAAAAAAAGGGUCCCAAAAUGAAAAUAAUACGUUUUAAUUUAUACCUCAGCGAUGUUGCGUUCUCGAAUCUGACUGGUCAGGAGGUGUUGAUUAAUUUUCUGUAACAGCAGCUGCGAGGCAUAUGAUGGUUUUAUAUUUUUAAAUACGUUAUCAUUUAAACCUAGUGACAGCUCAUUUACAGUAAUGCUUCAGACGGUUGCCAUUUCUUCGUAACGUACAAUUAGUCUUUCUUGCUUUAUUUAAGAGAAAGUGAUGAAAUGACCGUUUGUACAACAUAUGUAAUAAUGGGGAAGUGACUUGUUUUGAAGUGAACAACAACAUCAUUAACACAAUGUUAAAUGUAACUAUAACUGGAUAAAAAUUAUGAUAAGUGGCGUUUGUAUAAGAAAUAAAAUAGGAAUUGGCCGAAUGCAGUGGUAUAAGAGGAAUAAAACACUUCAGGAUGUGCUGGUGUUAUGAUUAAGUUCUCCAUUUGAAGUCGUGUUUCUGUAACAUAGCAAGAAGCAGUCUGACAUCAUCAGCAUCGCUUACAUCGCAAAACAAUGCUGACAAAGGACUACACCGCUGAUCUCUCUCUCUCUCUGUUUAGCCUCCUGACCCUGUUGUUCUGGUAUUUAGAAAAGUCCUGACCUGAUUUCUUUCCUCAGAUCCUGAUACACUACAAUAGCGGUGUUUGUAAAAACUCACGACUCAGAUUAAUCCAAAUCCCAAAUUUCACCCAUUUCAUAACAGCAGUGUUUGAGGUUAAUCUAAUUAUUAUAAAGCUUCUGGAUGGACCUACUUAAGAACGGCGUCCUGUAACAUUCACUUUGUCUUCUGUAAUGUUUUUAUUUGGCUGUUAAAAGGGAAUAAAAAGCAACA